AUGUCUGACGUUGAAGAUGACCUUCUCGAUCUUGCAGGUAGAUCCUCUGACGAUGAGGGUUCUGACAAUGGAAGCAGACGGGGAUCAGCGCCGCCGCCAGUAAAGAGGAGCGGCUCUAAGAGGGAAACAGGAAGCAAGGCGCGUCGAGGAGGCGGCGAUGACUCUGAGGAGGAAGGCGAGGCGUCUUCUGCUCCCGGAACGCCAAACUCGCUUGAGUCCGCUCCUAUGGAUGAAUCCGAUUCUGACGCUGAGCCAUCACGAGGACGAGCUGCCGCUGCGGAUGACGAUGACGAGAACUACCCGGUCGAUGGUCGAUACAAGAGUCAGAAGGAGAAGGCAGAGAUUAUGGCCAUGCCAGAACUCGAGCGUGAACAGAUCAUUGCUGAUCGAAUGACUGAGAUUGAGCGCCAGCGCCAGAACCGUCUACUUCGUCAAAUGGUUAGCAACAUGGAAAAUGAAGAGCGCAAACAGGUCAAGAAGAAGCGCAGCGCCGGAACUGCCGAGUUGGAAGAUGGCGAUCGAAAGGCAUCACGACCGCGCACGGAGACCAAGAGGGAAACCGCAAUGGAUUCGCUGCGUCAAGCCAAGGCGGAAAAGGCACGCCGACGAGAGGAUCUGGAGAAAAGAAAAGACAAUUACUCAUCGCGCCGAGGCGAUUCCGGGGCUGAAGACAGCGAUGACGACUAUAACCGUGGACGUUCACCUACCCCCGACGUUGACGAGGCACGCGAUCAGCCGCCUGCUGAGUUGCGUGACUAUGACCGUGUUCGACUGGGACGAAAUGAGUUUGCCCAAGUCUGCUUCCACCCUGGGUUUGAGCAAGGCAUCAUCGGAUGCUAUAUUCGCAUCGCGCUAGGACCGCACCCUGAAACGGGCAUAGAGCAGUAUCGCAUGGCUGUGAUCAAAGGCUUCUCAACCAGCCGACCGUACGCCAUUCAAGGACCUCAAGGUGUGCUCGUUACCGACCAGUACGUCAAGGCGGCGCACGGAAAGGCAAUUAAAGAAUUUCCUUUCAUCGCGGCCUCGAGUGGAAAGUUCACAGAUAGUGAACUCAACCGGUACAAGGUCACAUGCCAUAACGAGGGCGUGACUCUUCCAACCAAGGCCUAUUUGACUGAUAAAGUCGAUGACAUUAACAGACUCAUUAACCACUCGUGGACUUCCGAGGAGAUCAAAACCCGCCUGGCUCGAAUUAGUGACUUGAAACGUCGGUUUGAUCCAGCCGAGCGAGAGCGUAUUGCCAAGUUACUUGACGAAGCAAGACAGCGUGGUGACGACGACAGAGCCGAAGAGUUACAGGAAGAACUUGACAACCUCGGCUCGCAGCGUUUGGCUUUUAGGACGAGCCUAGGUUCAAAGCAUUCGGAAGAGCCCAAGGCACAAAGCGAACAAGAUCGUUUGGCUGAGCGUAACCGUGAGAACCGACGCUUGAACGCCGAGGCAGUACGGAAGGCCCAGUUGAAGGAGAAGGCCAAGUCGAAAGAGAUUGAGGCGGCUCUUAAGCGCGGCGAGACAUACCAAGGCGAUAUGUCGAGGCGACUACGGACUAAGGCCAAGUUCGUUCACGAUGCAAACGAAAAGGUGGAACAAAAGUCAGCAGCAAACGGUAACGGAGCUGGUACUCCCGGAAACAGCACAUCAAAAUCGGCGGCCAAGUCUCAACUACUGCCCCAUAUGAUGAAGUUGCAAGAAGAGAAGCUCAAAGAGAAGGGCAUUCCGACAAUUCACAAACCUCUGAUGGACGACGACGUAAUUGGGUCACUGGAUCUGGACAUUGAUGUCGAAAUCUGA